CAUUAUAUAUGGGACACUCAGCCAGCUAGCAGUCAUAGUUUUCUCUGAGAUUUCAAGAUGAAGUUCGAGCUGCUGCUGCUAACACUUCUAGCACAUAGAAUUCUGCCACAAGAAGUGAAUCCUAUAAACUGCAGAGUGAGCUUGAAGCCAAUGCUUAUCUGCGCUUUUAGUGGGGGGUGUUUUAUGAACAUCGAUCAAAAGGAUAUCGAACUACUGAACUGUGAACGCAAGCAGAAAGGAUUCCAAAAUAUCGAAUUCGUUGCCGAGGGAGAAUGCCCAGAAUCAUUUAUACCUGCUUGCAAAACCUUCGACUAUAAAUAAGUAUCGAAUAAUUGGAAUUUAUUAAAAUGCUUUCAAAUUAUGAUUAUAUAAUUGAAGUGUGAGAAUAAAUGAAUGUUGUGCUUAGCCUAGAACUUGACAAUGUGACCCGUGAAAUAAACCGCAUGCUGAUCGCGAAUGAUGAACACAAAUGGAUGA